CCAACAUGCCCGCUGUCGAUAAGCUCCUCCUGGAAGAGGCUUUGCAGGACAGCCCGCAGACUCGGUCUUUGCUCAGUGUAUUUGAAGAAGAUGCAGGAACCCUUACUGAAUAUACAAACCAGUUGCUUCAGGCAAUGCAACGAGUGUAUGGUGCUCAGAAUGAAAUGUGUCUUGCCACACAACAGCUUUCGAAGCAGCUCCUUGCCUAUGAAAAGCAGCAUUUUGCCUUGGGUAAAGGAGAUGAAGAAGUGAUAUCCACCCUUCAUUACUUUUCAAAAGUUGUGGAUGAGCUCAAUAUUCUUCAUUCUGAACUGGCAAAACAGCUUGCAGAUACAAUGGUUCUACCAAUAAUACAAUUUCGGGAAAAGGAUCUCACAGAAGUAAGCACGUUGAAGGAUCUUUUUGGCCUUGCUAGCAAUGGUAUGUUUCCCCAACAUGACGUGUCCAUGGCAAAGUAUAGCAGGUUACCGAAAAGAAAAGAAAAUGAAAAGCUUAAGGCAGAAGUGGCAAAAGAAGUGGCAAAUGCAAGAAGAAAGCAGCACCUUUCAUCUCUGCAAUAUUACUGUGCCCUGAAUGCUCUCCAGUACAGGAAGAGAGUGGCAAUGAUGGAACCUAUGCUAGGAUAUACACGAGGACAGAUCAACUUUUUUAAGAAAGGAGCAGAGAUGUUUUCCAAAAGAAUGGACAGCUUUUUGUCAUCUGUUUCGGACAUGGUUCAAAGCAUACAGGGAGAGCUGGAUGCUGAAGCUGAAAAAAUGAGGGUAUCCCAGCAGGACUUAACUGCAGUUAACGAAUCUGUUUACACCCCAGAUUCUGAUGUAACUUCACCUGCUAUCAAUAGAAAUCUCAUCCAGAAGGCUGGCUACCUUAAUCUUAGAAAUAAAACAGGUCUGGUGACUACAACUUGGGAAAGACUGUAUUUCUUCACUCAAGGUGGCAACUUGAUGUGUCAGCCAAGGGGAGCAGUAGCUGGAGGAUUGAUUCAGGACCUGGACAACUGCUCUGUUAUGGCUGUAGACUGCGAAGACAGAAGAUACUGCUUUCAAAUCACCACUCCUACAGGCAAAGCGGGUAUAACCCUUCAAGCAGAAAGCAAGAAAGAAUACGAGGAGUGGAUAUGUGCUAUCAACAACAUCUCCAGACAGAUCUAUCUCACUGACAAUCCAGAGGCAGCUGCAAUCAAGUUAAAUCGGACAGCCCUACAAGCAGUGACUCCCAUUACCAGCUUUGGGAAAAAACAUGAUGUUCACCACCCGAGCCAGAAUGUAAAGAAUACGGAAAAUGAUAAAAUAAUUCCCAAUGAAUCAGCUGGCAUUCAGGACUCCCCGCAACUCAUUGCUCCUGGAACACCGAUUCAAUUUGAUAUCGUACUGCCUGCCACAGAAUUCCUGGACCAGAACAGAGGUGGCAGGCGUGCAAACCCAUUUGGGGAAUCUGAAGAGAGCUGCAAAGAUGAGGAGGAAGAUUCACUCUUGCAGCAGAUGUUUGUAGUUCGGUUUUUAGGAUCUAUGGCUGUUCAGUCAGAUGACACAAGUGAGGUGAUUUAUGAAGCUAUGAGACAAGUCUUAGCUGCUCGUGCCAUUCACAACAUAUUCCGUAUGACUGAAUCCCAUCUCAUGGUCACCAGCAAGAACUUGAGGUUAAUAGAUCCUCAAACCCAAGUUACACGAACAAGUUUUGAACUUGCUACUGUGACACAGUUUGCUGCUCAUCAGGAUAACAGGCGACUGAUUGGCUUUGUGGUCCAUCUCAGUGAGACUCUGGGAGAAGAAUCCAUGAGCGCGUAUAUUUUUGAGAGCAACACAGAAGGGGAAAAGAUUUGCUAUGCCAUUAGCUUGGGAAAAGAAAUCAUUGAGGCACAGAAGGACCCAGAAGCAUUAGCUCAGCUGAUGAAGUCUGUGCCAUUAACAAAUGAUGGAAAGUUCAUGCUUCUGAAUGAUCAGUCAGAAGAGGAUGGAACCAUACAUGAAGAAGGGGAGGAAUCAGAAGCAUAAAAGACUCUUAUCCUUUCCUGCAGCCUGUGUGGGAGCAGGAAAAGCAGUUUUGCAAAAAUCUCUGGUUUUCAGCCAUCUGCGCACACACAAGGCCAGCUUCUGUCUUCCUGCUAGAGUGAGCGUGGCGUCUUGCCAGUGGAGCUGCCUCUGGAUUUACGAUGAAACAGCAGCAGGGCUUGGCCUUUGAGGCUUUUUGCAGUUGUGAAUGUGUAGUGUAUAGGUGUGUCUGGGAAGCUGACAAUCUUAGGGAGUGCUUCAGAAUUAGCCCCUUGCUGCUGGUAGUUAGGGCAGCACAGCUGUUGGCCACAAAGGGUUAAUGUCAUGUCUUCAGAUUUACAUGGUGAGCAGCUACAGUUCCACUGAAAUUAGUGCAAGUCAUAAGUUGUCAGCUCCUUUAACAAGUAUCAGGCCUCAAAUUUCCUACCAUAGUCAAUUUUCAUAGUUUGCAUGACUAUGUGCAUCUGAAUGAAGGUUAAAAAUGCACUAUUUACUUUAUAUUCAGAUGAAGUUAUUUUUAGUCUAGUCUAAGUGCAACAAGGUUUAUCUUUUGUGCUAGCCUAUUUACAAAACAAUUUGUUAAACACUAAAUUUUUCCUGUUAAUAUAAUUAUUUUUAUAUUGCAUCUAGAAUAAGCUUACAAAACAAAUCUAAGUGCCUACUCUUACCUUCAUGGGGACCGCACUCACACAUUCUGUAAUUAAUGGGCAUAAUGUACCUCCUUGAUUUAUUCUAAAUACCACUGACAUGCAAACAUCAGAAGUAGUCAACAAAUGUGGCAUGUUAGUUGUGCGCAGUUUUUCUAUGGUUAGGUUUCUUAAAAGUUAAGUUGCCAGAGAUGAUAAUUGUGGGACAAAUAAGUACUUUUAUAAUAAGAAUUCUUUGUAUUUUUAACAUUAUGGUGACAUGCAACAGCUGUGUCUAGCAGCAAUCUUUGGUUUUAAGAAACUGAGCAAUAAAAUGCUAGAUUAUAAAAGUCU